AUGUCGUUUUGUGCUUUGAAUGCUGAUGCUUGCUCCCAGCGGCGGAGGGCUGCGGUUCCUGACUGCCGUGGCUUUUCCACGGGCGCUGAUUAUAUUCAUGAUGUGUGUUUUCCUCAGCCGGUGGAGGCUGGUGUUCUAGACUGUCGUGGUUUUUCCACGGCCUUUCCUCGUGACUCUCAGCAGGCGAAUGAUUUUUAUUUGUACGCACAUGAGUUAGUUUUUCGUUCUGGUCGCCCGAACUUUGUGGUUUCUCGCCUGCCCGUUCCAAGUUCCCUAAAGAUCAAUACUUGGAGGACUUUGUUGUAUGAUUAUGACGACCAAAUGAUUUGUGAUUUCCUGGAGUUUGGUUGGCCGGUGGGUUUCACUGGCGAUACUGUUCCUAUUUUUGAUGCUCGCACUCACCGGGGUGCGCUCAAUUUUGCGACUCAAGUUUCAGAGCAUUUACAACGUGAAGUCUCGCUUGGUCGUGUCGCUGGGCCGUUUACGGAUCCUCCCUUCGGGGGUGGAUUUGUUACUUCACCGUUGAACACGGUUCCCAAGCGAGAUUCUGAAAAACGUAGGGUAAUUGUGGACUUGAGCUGGCCUAAGGGCGGUUCAGUAAAUGAUGGUAUUCCGUGUGAUAGUUUUCUGGGAGAUCCGUUCGUGACUUGUUAUCCCACUAUAGAUGACAUUGUGGAAGCGAUCGUAUUGAAUUCUGGUAGAACUCGCCAUCCCUUCCUGAAUUCCUGUCUUCGCGAGAUUUGUUAUUUGUCAGCGAGUUAUGAUUUUGAGAUCAGAGCGGUUCACCUACCGUCUGUGUUGAAUUGUGAUUCAGAUUUGCUUUCAAGAUGGGGCUCCGUUGCCUCCACUGUUAAGGAACGAUUCCUGGAGAGCGCUCGUUGCGCCAAUCGUAGGGGUGUUACAAUCUCAUCGGACUAUUUCACAUUCACGACUCCUUGGUAAUUCGCCUUCCAGUCGUAACUUAUUCGCUCGCUCUUUCUUGCAGAUUCCUCGGCUUUGGCCUCUCUGCAAAAGGAUCUACGACAGACAUUACAAGCUGCUUAUAGCACAGGGACAUAUAGUAAUUUAAAGACUCAAUUUAAGGCCUUUUUUCUAUUUUGCUUAUAUUUUGACUUGACUCCAUUACCAGCAGACAUAGAUACGGUCUGUCUUUAUGUACAGUUUUUAAGUCGUUCGAUUGCACCACCUUCGAUUCGUAACUAUUUAAGUGGGGUCAAGUUAUUACAUCUUUUUGCCGGUUAUGACUAUGCAUUUACUAAGGAUUUUAGUUUAUCCCUAGCCCUGCGGGGAGUUUCCCGUAGGAUACCACAUGUACCUCAGAGGGCUCCACCGGUAACUCCUAGCCUUUUAUUGCUAGUUGCGCGAACAGUAGAUUUUCAACAUGAUGCUAACUCUUCUACAUUGUAUUGCGCAUUUCUCUUUGCAUUUUUUCUUAUGGCGCGUAUAGCUAAUAUCGUACCGCGUUCUAUUAAGGCAUUUAAUCCUACCCGCGAUCUCACACGGGGUGAUGUUUUGUGUAACGAACACGGGCUUAUCGUCACGUUUAAGCAUACAAAAACUAUUCAGUUCGGUCAGCGUCGAUUACACAUUCCUCUGUUACGUA